AUGUCUUUUCUUGUAAGUAAACCAGAACGAAUUAGGCGGUGGGUCUCGGAAAAGUUCAUUGUUGAGGGCUUAAGAGAUUUGGAACUGUUUGGAGAGCAGCCUCCGGGUGACGCUCGGAGAAAAAUCAAUGAGGCAAGCUCAGAGUCGAUAGCAUCCUUCUCUAAACAAGAGAUCAUGAGCAGCUUCCUGCCAGAGGGAGGGUGUUAUGAGCUCCUCACCGUGAUAGGAAAAGGCUUCGAGGACCUGAUGACUGUGAAUCUAGCAAGGUACAAACCGACAGGAGAGUACGUGACGGUGCGAAGGAUUAACUUAGAAGCUUGUUCCAAUGAGAUGGUGACCUUCUUGCAGGGGGAGCUUCAUGUCUCAAAACUCUUCAACCAUCCCAAUAUUGUGCCAUAUCGAGCUACCUUUAUUGCAGACAAUGAGCUGUGGGUCGUCACAUCUUUUAUGGCAUAUGGUUCUGCCAAGGAUCUCAUCUGUACACACUUCAUGGACGGUAUGAACGAGCUGGCCAUUGCUUACAUCCUUCAGGGGGUGCUGAAGGCCCUGGAUUACAUCCACCACAUGGGCUACGUCCACAGGAGUGUCAAAGCCAGCCACAUCCUCAUCUCUGUGGACGGGAAGGUCUACCUGUCCGGUUUGCGCAGCAACCUCAGUAUGAUCAGCCACGGGCAGCGGCAGCGUGUAGUCCACGACUUCCCCAAGUACAGUAUCAAGGUUCUUCCUUGGCUCAGCCCGGAGGUCCUCCAGCAGAAUCUUCAGGGUUAUGAUACCAAGUCUGACAUCUACAGUGUGGGAAUCACAGCCUGUGAACUGGCCAAUGGCCACGUCCCCUUCAAGGAUAUGCCCGCCACCCAGAUGCUGCUGGAGAAGCUGAAUGGCACUGUGCCCUGCCUGCUGGACACCAGCACCAUCCCCGCCGAGGAGUUGACCAUGAGCACCUCACGCUCGGGAGCCAACUCAGGCCUGAGUGAGAGCCUGGCCCCCAGCACCCCCAGGACCUCCAAUGGGGACUCGCCCUCCCACCCCUAUCACCGCACCUUCUCACCCUACUUCCACCACUUCGUGGAGCAGUGCCUUCAGCGCAACCCGGACGUAAGGCCAAGCGCCAGCACCCUCCUGAACCAUUCUUUCUUUAAGCAGAUCAAGCGACGUGCUUCAGAGGCAUUGCCUGAGUUACUUCGUCCUGUCACCCCCAUCACCAAUUUUGAAAGCAGCCAGGCUCAGGACCACAGUGGAAUCUUUGGCCUGGUAGCAAACCUAGAAGAACUGGAGGUGGACGACUGGGAGUUCUGA